ACUGAGCUCAACCCUCAGUCUCCUCACAGCUGUCAAUCUGCAGCCUCCCACGUGGUUCCACAGGGCGGGCGCAUCUCAACCAGUUGAACAUGCAACUUUUAGGGAGGCACACAAUUGGACCCAUCGGUAGUUGCAUUUGUACGUAGGCUGCUCCCCCAACAGGAAACAACGACCUGCGCGUAAGGAAGCUUCUUCUGUGGAUCCACAUCGGUCUUAUCUGUGCGUGGCAUAAACCUGGUGCACGCACACACACACACACACACCGCCUCCUGCGUCCUGCUACAACACUUUGUGAGCUGGAGCUCGGUUGUUGUGAACGCGUUCAAAUUAGUUUGUCCACAGAGGCUAAUUGAAGUCUGGCAGCGGCGGAAAAAAAAAGUUGUUUUGUUUUCACCGCGAGAUUUUUGAAGCAGGAUUUCAGCAUGGAUACAGCCAGCGACUCACUCGGGGAAAGUAAGCCGGUGUGUCAGUGUGCCACCAAGUCUGCGGUGCACCGGUGGUUGCCAGGUUUCCCUAUCGCUCUGUGCUUGCUGAUGUCCCUCAGCUCCAUCACCGUGUGUCUCCUGAUGAGCUUCAAGACCUUCCAGCUGGAGAAUCGACUGCAGAUGGAGAUGGUCUACCCGCCGCACAGGGCUUUUCUUAACGAGGAUGGGUCCUUAAUCCCAGAGCUGAGCACACCCAUACGGAAACUCGUGGAAGAGAAAGUGGUGGUACUGAUGCCAAAAAUGCGGACGGCAAGGGAUGUUGGCCCAGAAUGCUCCUGUCCUCCAGGGCCUCCAGGAAAGCGUGGAAGAAUGGGAAGACGAGGGGAACCUGGACCGCCCGGCAAGGUUGGACGGGAUGGAUACCCGGGUCCUCUGGGCUUGGAUGGAAAACCAGGUUUACCGGGUCCUAAAGGAAGCCAGGGACCCGCCGGACCCAAGGGAGAAAAGGGUGACCAAGGAGACAUUGGGCCACGGAUGGUCUAUCCCCGGUAUGACCAUGGCUUUCUCUCUGGAGAGCAGUCCAACAGCUUUCAGAGACGCUUUCUGAAGGGUGACCAGGGCCAAGCUGGACCUGCAGGUCCUCCCGGUCCUCCGGGCCCUCCUGGCCCCCGAGGCCCCCCUGGGAACACAGGCAAGGACGGACCCCGUGGCCCUUCUGGGGAGCCGGGUUUUCCAGGACGUGAUGGUAUUGAGGGAGCACAAGGAUUGCCUGGGAAGCCGGGAGAAGAUGGUGAGCCAGGUUACCCAGGGCCACAGGGUCCCCCCGGUACAAAGGGUGAGCCAGGUACAGCAGAAAAGGGAGCCAGAGGUAUGGAUGGACUCCCAGGAUUAAAGGGUGACAAAGGGGAGGUAGGAGAGCAAGGACCACAGGGACACAUGGGUUAUCCUGGUGAAAAAGGCACAGCGGGUUCCUCAGACAUCAUUGACUUCAAUGGGAAACUGCUAGAUGCUUUCCAGGCCAUCAACACCAUCAGCGUUUCGGGCCCACCUGGACCACCUGGAGUCCCAGGCCCUCCAGGGGAAAAGGGUGAGCUCGGUUUACCUGGUCCAGCAGGAGUUGAUGGGGAUAAGGGUCCUAAAGGUGAUCUUGGUGAGACAGGAUCACCUGGUGAGAGAGGGGAGAAGGGAGAGAUGGGGCUUUCUGGGCCUUCUGGUAUUGAUGGACAGAAAGGAGAAAAAGGCGACUGCAGACUGGAUGACAACCUGGUUCAGAUGAUUUCACAACCAGGACCACCUGGUCCACCAGGACCACCAGGAGUUCCUGGGUCACCUGGAUCCAUGGGGCUUCAUGGGAUGCCUGGUCCUAAGGGUGAGCCUGGAUUUGGGAUAAAGGGAGAGAAGGGGGAAGCUGGUACACAUGGACUCAGGGGACUAGAUGGCCAGCAGGGUCUAACUGGAUCUCCAGGUUUAGUGGGACUUCCAGGAGCCAAGGGAGAAAAAGGCAGACCAGGGGAGCCUGGACUAGAUGGUUUCCCAGGUCUGAUGGGAGAGAAAGGCGACCGAGGAGAGAGAGGAGAGAAGGGUGACAGGGGAGCAGUGGGAAAGAGAGGUCUUAAGGGCCAGAAGGGAGAGCAGGGUCCUCCAGGUUUGGACCAGCCUUGCCCUGUGGGUUGUGACAAAACUAAAGGUCUGUCUGUGGAGGCAGAGCUUUCUUCCCUUCCGGCUCCUCCUCCUCCUCCUCCUCUUCCUCCUUCUGGCCCUGAGGCCCCCUGUCCAGUGGGACAAGAUGGUCUGCCAAUACCAGGUUGCUGGCAUAAGUGAUGACUAACCAGUGGCAUCGAAUCUGUACAUAUUGAUCUGAUAUAUAUUGCAACUGAAUACUACAACAAACAGCAGCCCCACUCCCUUUGCCCCCCUUUUUAUAAAAACUUUUAUAUAAUAUAUUGAGAAUUUUUUUAACAAGGACAUUUUUGAUUCUACAGUAUUAUGAAAACUCAAAAAAAAAAAAAAAAUAGAGACUCAGAAUUGUUGUGGAUGCGCCCCCCGCUUUUGAAGACAACAAACUGAACUGGCAGUGGGACUCUUAUUUUGAAGGACAGUCCAGGUGACAGCAUUGGCAUGAAGAGUGCCUUACUAACAAAGUUUGACUCGCUGCCUGAGGGUAAUCAUGAAGGCUGUUUGGAAUGAUGGUGUGCACACUCACUCUGUCUUGUGGAUGGAUGGACAGAUCUCUGGCAGAAGUGUGGGACAGUACUUUUUCUUCUCCCCUCUGUAUUUUUCUGAAAGGAGGACAUGGCGAAGCAGAAGCUCAAACGCAAGCGUCUCUCUCAACCCUGAAGGGGUGUGGGGCCUGUUGGGGAAAGGACACAUUGACAGGCAGAGAGUGGGAGGGGCAAAUUGGCCUAAAUGAAGCAGAAGAGCCAAGUCAUUCUUCUGUGUUAUACUGAACACUCACAUCCUGUUACGGAAACUCUCCAGGAGGGGGCAACAGAGAACACUGUGAUUCCACAUUCACUUGGGGAGAGAAGACACACACAUUGAAUGAUAAUGUUGUGCAUUAGCUUGGUCAAUGAUGUCACGGGCACAUAAGGAAGGAUUUACUGCACAGAUAUGGUUGAUCUCUCAUGUGGCUCUUUUGUGAAGGUUUUCACUAUUUACAUGCAUAAUCCUAACAAGGCAAAGCGCUGUUUAGCAUCUUGAAAACGUGUAUGUCGUGAGUCCCCGAAAAAGAAAGAUGAAGUGACAGCAGCUUCUUUCUCAUUUGCAGUCAGCAGUCCUUAUCAGUCUUUCCAUUUGAACAAGCCACUCAGAGGACCUUUUUUGUGGCUCACACUUACGGCAGUGGUGACUUGUGUGUUAUUUUGUUCCACACUGUUAUAUUCUUAUCUGAUUUUGUCAACCUACAUUUUUUGCAUUCCUGUGAAUUGGCAUGCUUGCAGAAUAUAUACUGUAGAUAGUGAAAACUUCAAGGCUGGAUUUGAAGGAACCAUUCACAGUAUUUGUGUUAAAUCAGUGUUUCAACCAGGGAGCCAAUCAGCUCCAACUUUAGAUUGUUUCUGUUUUAGACGGCUUUAGAACAAUUAUUGUUUAUCGUAUAAUUUUCUUAAUAUUUUCCAGCGUGACUGAACGUUAACUUUUAAUCACAGAUGAAGACAUGUUUAAUUACUCUCGUCUGUUUUCACAUUGUAAGUUCUUGCUGCUGACUUAAAUGCGUGUUUUUGUUUGAACCAAUAUUAGUCAUUUGGACUGAAGGACUAACAGAAAGAAGUAUGACAUUUGAAACAACAACUAUUUGUUUUUUUUCUGUGGUAAUUAUUCCUUUUAAUUCUGCAGUACACCUCCGUUUAUAAAACAUUUUUAUUCUUAUACAGAUUUAUUCUUUCUAAAUCCCUUUUUUCAGGUUGAAUAAUUUCUUGGGGCUUAAAUGCUUAAAAAAACCUUUAACAAAAUAAACUCUACUGUUCACACAUUAUGCAAACAGUUCAGCAGAAUCAGACCCAUGAAUAAUUUCAUGUUAAUGUAUGUAGAAUCAUUAUUUCACUCUGUUGACAAGUGAAGAAAUUAAAUUUACUUCAGCGGGAAUCUUUAUUUUCUUAAUGAUCAUCUAUAUGAUCCUACAUUGAUAUUGGUUGCACUUUUUGGUCACGUUAGCAUGAAGGACUGAUGAUUUGUCAGAAGGAAAACAAAGUAAAACUGGAAUAAUUUACCUAUUGCAAUUUGGUGCAUUUGUUCAAAGGGUCAUGUAAAAGUAAAAUCUAUAGGAAACAUGAUACAUUGGCUAAUUUUGUCAUUUGAAUGUAAACUGGCUCAGCUCCUGUUCAUUUUCAAGUCUAAAAUGAUACAUGAUAACUUUACUAAUGCUAUGUAGUUGUCAUUUGACAAAACAAGUCCCAGUUGGAUAAACUUUGGUGUAAGAACCUGCUCCUUUUUUUUGUUUAACUUGAGUAUGGUUUCGUAAGAAAGAUCACUUCAUUAUAUGCAGUUAAUCCCAUUGAACCUCUACAAUACUAUGUUUAUAAAGCUGGAUUCUCGAAGAGUUUUCUAUGAAACAAAAAAGAAUAAAUGAGUUGCAUAUCAUUGAGCUAUGACAGAAUAGCUGACAAACUUUAUUUGUGAACCAUGGCGAGUGCGAUGUUAGUUUGUUUAUUGUUGGGGUUUUGUAUUGUUCUUGAAAGAAGAAUGGUUUAACCGCGAAUCGCACAAGGCUUGGCAUUAUUUUACAGGAAGCUGAUGGUUCUCUGUCACCUUUCUUCUUUUCACAGGUCCUAUCAGAAGUGGUUUUAAAGUGUAACAAAGUCAAUAAAUGGCAAAGUAUCUGAAUCCAGCUUGGCGUUUUGGAAUAACAUAGAUAACAGUAUUAGCUUGACUUUGUGAGAAUGUUUUUCAGUUGUGUUUUUGGUUGUAAAAGAAUUAAGCUAUUUUUGUAAUUAAUGUCAAAAUAUGUAUAACUUGAAAUCUGGUUAACUAAACAUGUAGCUCGAAAUAAACUCUGGUUUCAUGGUUUCUUGUCCAUUAAAUCAUAUGUAAUCGUGUACAAUUA